AUGGGAUUCCCCUGGCUCUCGUUUCCCUGGAUCUCGUUUUCAGGCGUAUUUAUCUUCAGCGGACUUCUCGUCUUCCACUAUCGGUACCGGAUCCUGGCCUAUCUGCCCCCGCGCGUCCAGGCCCGUUUUGCCCAAUAUGCGCCAGUGCCCGACUUCGAGGCGGCCCAGUUAGCAGGCUUUGAGUCGAGCGAGUUCAGCAUCAACAACAACCUCACCCAGGACGACCAUCGCCAACUCGACAUCGACGAGGUCCGCCGGAUCAUGCUCCAAAAGAACUGCUCCUUCGACGAAGCGAGGCUUAUCCGCCACAAACGCCAUCUCAAGCGGAACGGAAUCGACCCAGUCACCGGCUUACCAACUGACAAAAAAGCUAUCACUUCGCUUGCUUGA